AUGAUUAUUUUCACGUGCACCUCAACUCUUCUCGCUUGGAUGGCGCUUUCUAGGGGAGCUUUUGCUAUCGUCCCUAAUUAUACAACAUCCGAAGCCGGCAACCCAUUUGUUGAUGGAUGGUACGCCGAUCCUGAUACAGGCAUCUACAACAAUGAAUACUGGGUUUUCCCAACAUCUUCAUACCCGUAUGCUCAGCAAACAUACCUUGACGCAUUCUCAUCGACAGAUCUUGUGCACUGGACAAAACACUCCAACAUCCUAACGAAAUCCAAAGUGUCGUGGGCGCAAGAGGCUAUGUGGGCGCCAGCACACGUAGAACGUAAUGGAAAGUACUACUUGUAUUUCGCUGCCAACGACAUACAGGAGGGAGACUCAAAAAUCGGCGGCAUUGGCGUCGCUGUGGCCGAUAAGCUCGAGGGCCCCUAUGAGGAUGCCAUUGGCAAGCCGCUUAUUGGUGAAUACCAUAACGGCGCGCAACCUAUCGACCAAGACAUUUUUAUCGACGACGAUGGACAGGCCUACAUUUACUAUGGCGGCCAUCGUCAUGCAAACGUCGCUAAGCUCAAUAGCGACAUGAUCAGCAUAGGAAACUUCUCAGAUGGCACACAGUUCAAAGAAAUCACCCCCGAAAACUAUGUCGAAGGAUCUCUAAUGUUCAAAAGAAAGGGGAAAUAUUACCUGAUGUGGUCCGAAGGAGGCUGGACUGGGCCUGACUACUCCGUUUGGUAUGCUAUUUCUGAUUCUCCUCUGGGUCCGUUCCAACGUGAGGCGACUAUACUUCAACAGGACACUGCUAUCGCAACGGGCUCCGGUCACAACAGCGUUUUUAACGUUCCCGGGACUGACAUCUGGUACAUCUUCUAUCAUCGCCACCCGUUAGGAGACAACGACGGAAACCAUCGGCAAAUCGCAUACGACCGCAUGUAUUUCGAUGAGAAUGGCAGGAUCAAGCAAGUCAAAAUGCUGGUAAAGGACAAUUUCAACGAUGGGAACUUGAUUGGGUGGAACACUGCGUUUGAGGGGAGUUUCUCCAUCAAGAAUGGUGAGCUCUUUGCGGAAAAGACCUCUGAAUGGAGCGGCAAGGCCCUGCAAAACACUGCAUUUGAAGACUUCGUCUUUGAUAUUGAUAUUACGCUCGUUGACCCUGAUUUGGGCACAAAUGCCCCCGACUCAGGGGACGCUGGUGUUCUCUUCGCCGUCACCAGCGCUACAGCCGGUAUCAAUAGUGUGACUGGAUUCUAUGCAGCCAUUGACGCGUCGGGAGCCGUGCUCUUAGGGAGCAUGGCCCAAAGCUGGGAGUUGCUGACAUCCACGAACAUGACGGUGGAGGUGGGCACGCAGUAUCAUCUUCGGGUGACUGCGAUGGAGAAGGAAAUCGAGAUUUUUGUGGACGAUAUGAAGACGUCCAAGCUUACAUAUACGGUGUCCAAGAGUACAAAGGGGACUACAGGUGUUCGGGUGUUCCGGACUGGCGCGCUUUAUGACAAUCUUUCAAUAGCGCACCCGGAUAGCGAAUGA